AUGGUGAGACGAAACACUGAAGAUGUGACUCAAGACUGCGACGAGAACAUGACGGCCGAGGAGAAGAAGGAGACCGGAGCAAAGCUGCAUCUAGUCAAAAAGCCACGCCCUCGUAAAAUCAAAUCUCCCGGCCGAAAGAAGAGGGUAUGUUAUAGUAUGAUACAGUAUAGUAGUGAUCAAACUAUUACAAUUAUAGAUCAAAAUAUACUUGCGUUAAAGUAAAAUCUGUAAAAGGUUGUCCACCUUGUUCAUGUUGACAUCAACGAUUCCUCCCCCCGAAGAAAAAUUUCGAAAAAAGUUGAACGUGGCUUCCCCUGUGCAUUUUUCGACCCCCAUAAAUUCAAUUUCAGAGCAAAUCAACGACAGUAGAAGACGAUAUUACCACACAAGUGACCGAAGAUGAGAAUGAAGAAUUGUCAUUGGAUGAUCAGUUGAAACGAGAGCUGGCUAUGGGUCUACCCAUGAAAAAACAUGUCAUCAGUUUUGACUAUGAACCGGGAACUUAUGUAAGGUUUUUGAUUUAUACCGUUAUUAUAUUACUCUCAAUCAUUUCGAGAUUGGGUGUGGGUAUGAUAGCAAGGGUGCCGUCUGGGCAAGUCGAAAGGUGAAAGUGUAAAAGGAUUAAUUAUAUAAUAUUAAGUUGUUCAAAUAAUUAUGAGCCCCUUCUAAAAAAACACUUUGGAGGUAAGGAACACAGAAUUAUUUGAACAAACUAAUAUUUUGAAAUAUAAAACAAUAAUUUUUUGGGUGAUAUACGCCUUUUGUAAACCUCAGCUUUAUCACUUGACCUGCCCUCAUCUAGUGAAAGGUAAAACUAUGUAAAGCACCUUUACAUACGAGUUUCAUUUACAUUUUUUUGUUUCAGAUGGGAUUCAAGUUGAAUGACAAAUGCGUAAUAACAGAAGUCGACCAACGACCCAAUGUGUCACCAUUUUGGGACAUACUCAAGGUUGGAGACGUGAUAUUGCAAAUCAACACUCAUGUGGUAAGGAUUUUUGUUUAAAAAGUAUUGAUCGGUUGGUUCUUAAGUAUGUACAACAUAUCUAAUCAUAUAUUCUUUGCAUGGAAUGAUUGAAAGAAUAGUUUUUACAAUGUUAUAAUCAAAUUUCUUUAGGUCAUGAGUCAAGACGACUUCUACAGUUUCCUCGGCAAAACCCAGGGUCCCAAGUGUUUUCACGUGAAUCGCGUCGUUCCAAUGAAAGAAGUGUCGCAGAAUCGCCGUCGGCGCUUGAAAAUUGACAAGUACGAUGGAGACAAGUACUUCACAGCCUACAUCACGGCAGCAGCCAACUCCAAGCUCGGUAUCACGGUGAAGUCGAAUGGCUUUAAUGUGGCAUUGACCAAGGUUGAGGAAUGGAGUGCUGGUGAGGCGUUUUAUGACUUGUAUUGAGGUAUUCAUACUGAUAUAAUCGUAUACUUUUGGGUAUAUUUGAUGAUAUUAUCAUAGAUUUUUUAAUAAUUUUGAGUUUUAUGGGUUUGUUACUCUAUGAAAAUGUAUUUUAUGCUUUUAAACUAAUAUUUAAAUGUUUUUGAAGGCUACGGUGUAAUAGAUAUUGGUGACUUGAUCCUGGAUGUAAAUGGAGUUCCAGUGAAAGAUGCAGAGACUACCAAGUCGUUGCUGAGUCAAUCAAUGAAGAAGAAUGGCUUUGUCACCUGUGUCUGUUGUCGCGCCAUGACUAUGAAAAGUUUAGAACGGGCACGGUAAGUUAUUAUUACUUUGAAGUAACAUAACAUAAUAUUUCCCAAACAUAUCACAGUAUUACUUCAAAUUGACUUAUCUUAUAAACCUACCUUUCUUGGACCAAAAGUACUGCUUACAAUACUAUUGUAAGCUCCACAUUGUUUGGAUCACUGUACCGAACCUUCACUUUGUUCCCGACACUGUAGCUUAAACCUAUGUUUUAGUGAAGCCCUAGGACCACAAGCUUGCGCUCCAGAAGACUAUGUAAUGAGGCCAGACGCAGCCUUGAUUGGCCGAAUGGAAGCGAUGCGGAUAAGACGACAUAAAGCCAACAAGAAGAAGCGCGGUGUCUAUAGGAAAACGCCGAACAAGAAAAAACAGAAUAUUACUGUAAGUUUUUGCUCAGUAAAAAGCAAGGUCUUGUCCGAUUUGGACAGAAACCGCCGUUACUAAUCUACAGGCUUGUAGACAAGAAACUCGCCUUUUUUUCGGCGUUAAAAGAUACACAACUUUUUGAAUCUGAAGGCUUGAUUUCAGUUGAACACAAAGCACAACAAGACACUGGACAUCAUGUCGGACGUGGAAGACUUUGCCCAAUUGGCUCGCGUUCCCCCAGUCCAUCACAAUAACUCGUCGGCCAAAGAGAAAGUGAAAAACACGUUCCGUCUUCUCUUCGAUCCCUUCUUCUGA